UUGGAUCCAAUUAGCUGUGUUGGAAGGGGAAGUGAUAAGGAGAAUCCGCAAGAAUAAUAUUUUGAUCAAUGAUGUUCUCGGUGAUUAUUCCUUAACUUUGGUCGAUUCCCUUGAUUCAUUCAUUGUAUUUAACGACAAGGAAGGGUUCGAAACUGCUGUUCGUAACGUAAUUCAACAUGUUUCAUUCGACCUAAAUAGUAAAGUGCAAGUGUUCGAAGCAAACAUUCGCGUACUAGGGGCCUUGCUAUCAGCCCAUCUGUUUGCAAUCGAUUCUCGAUUUGGAUUUAAGAUAGAAGGUUACAAUAAUGAACUUUUGGAUUUAGCUUACGAUUUGGGACAAAGAUUAUUACCCGCGUUUCAAAAAACAAAGACUGGAAUUCCCUUUUCGAGAGUGAACCUAAAGUAUGGUGUGCCAAACAGUGAAACACACGAAACUUGUACGGCCGGAGCCGGUACUUUGAUUUUGGAGUUCGGUGUUCUAAGCAGACUCAAAAAUGACACACGGUUUGAGGAGGCUGCGCGUAGAGCAUUGUUCGGUAUUUGGAACAGACGAACGAGUCUAGACCUUGUUGGAAAUGUAAUCGACAUUCAAACUGGACAGUGGAUCCAUACCGCUGCCAGCACAGGUGCUGGAAUCGAUUCAUUCUACGAAUACUUACUUAAGGCAUACGUACUUUUCGGAGAAACGGAAUAUUUAAGUGUUUUCAACGAGGCAUAUUCUGCGAUCUUAAAGUACGUUCGUGAUGAAUCAGGAUAUUUAUACCGCAGUGUAAACAUGAUGAAUGGAGGAUUGAUGUCUGGUUGGGUGGACAGCUUGUCGGCUUAUUUUCCAGGUCUGCAGGUUCUAUCCGGUGACUUGGACACCGCCAUAAAAUCACAUUUGCUUUAUUUUAACAUCUGGAGAAAAUAUCGAUCCAUGCCAGAGAGGUUCAACUUUUAUUCAAGAAACGUUGAAAUAGCGUCAUAUCCGAUAAGACCUGAAUUUAUUGAAUCUACAUAUUUCCUUUACCAGGCAACUAAGGACCCUUUUUAUCUUCAUGUUGGUGAAAUGGUUUUACAAGAUUUAGAAUCGUAUGCCCGUGUAGAAUGUGGAUACGCAUCUGUUAAGGAUGUACUUACGAAAAAAUUAGAAGAAAGAAUGGAGAGUUUUGCAUUAAGUGAAACAUUUAAAUAUUUGUAUUUACUCUUUGACACUGAAAACUUUCUCAACAAAUUGGACGAUAAUUUUGUCUUUACAACUGAAGCGCACAUUAUCCCUCUUCCCGCAAAGUAUUUAAAAAAUUCAAAAGAAACACAAAAAUAUAACAAAGCAGGAAAUUCUCUAUGUCAAAUAUAUAGUAAAGUAAGAGAAUUUUCUGCAUCCAUUUCAGAUCGUCCUGAUGCAGAUUUUGCGAGGGAGUUGGUUGGCUUUGAAGAUCAAUCAUUACCACCAUUAGAUCCACAUGGACAUUGUGAAGUCCCUGAAACAGAGCCUUUAGUAAUGGAUGUCAGCUUCGGUGAUCCUAUCCCUGAAGCCAAUCGACCGGCUCAGCAAUUAUUGCAAUACAUAAAUGGAUUAAUUGCAAACAGCUUGGCUGGACUAAAGUUAGAAUUAUCAAGAAGAGCUGAUAGGACGGGUUAUGAUGUAACUAAAGUGGGCUAUUUUAAACUACUUCCUGGACAAAUUUUUGAGAUACGAGACCCAUCUAUAAAAGAUUUUUGGAUUAAGUACCAAACAUAUGAAACAUCUACUAUUCGGGUAAUUCAUAAUCAUAUUUUUUACGAGGAUUAUUCAGACUACACUGGUGCUAUUGCUGCAUUUGGACCGAAGAUCACUGAAGAACUACAAGUAUCUAAUCUUGUACAAAUAUUACCGUUAUCAAAUGGCUGUGAACCGUACAGCUCAGAUGAUGAAAACAUCAUUCGGGAUAAUAUCUUGCUCAUUAAUCGAGGCGGGUGCACUUUUGUCGACAAAAUCACACAUGCACAAGCAGCUGGUGCAAAGGCACUUAUUAUUGCUA